AAGACAUUUCAUUUGUGGCCAGCCGAUUCGCAGCGAGCACCAAGUAUUAACCGCGAGGUUUUUGUUCCAACCGAAAAUGCCAGCGUUAAAACAAACUGGUACCAUGGAAGAAACCUCCGAUCCACCGGUUCUGCAGCCGGUGCCCAUGGCUGCCCCUCAGCCUGUGAGCGUGCACGCACCUGAUGACAUCAUACUGACAGGGUAGCUGGAGGAGAACGUGCCAGACGGGCCCUUGGCUGCAGGCCACCACUACCACCACCCUGCCCUUUCAUCCUCCUCUUCACUCCGACUGGCACAGGAUAGAGGGUGUAUGAGCGCCUGAGCGAGGGAACAUGGGAAAGAGGAAGACCAUGUUUCUCCUUCUUUCCUUCUCCCUCUUCAUCCUUCAUGUGACGGGCACUCCUCUGCUCUUCGGUCACUAUGGGAGGCGGGUCUGUGGCCGGGACCGUUGGGACAGUGUUGUUAUGGUAACGGAGUCCUACGUCCAGCCGGUGCACAAGCCUUACAUCACGGUGUGUCAGGAGCACCGCCUGUGCAGCACGUACAGGACUGUGUACUCGGUGGCGUACCGGCAGGUGAGCAAAGCAGUGCCUCCAGUGACCUCGUACCCAGAGUGCUGCCCGGGCUGGAGGAGGUCACACUCUCACAACUGCAACCAAGCUGUUUGUCAUCAACCCUGUGUGAAUGGAGGAACCUGCCAGAGACCAAACCACUGCACUUGUCCUGUCGGCUGGACAGGACACCGAUGUCAAACAGAUGUGGAUGAGUGCACCGAGCGGCGGCCGUGCACCCAGCAGUGUCUGAAUACAGCUGGAAGCUAUCGAUGCGCUUGCAGAGACGGCUUCAGGCUUGCCGGAGACGGCCGUUCUUGUCAAAGCCUUCCCUCUCCUGCCACCCCACCUCCGUUAACCACUGCCCCCAGCCAGAAACCAGUGGGUGGUCUCACUCAUGCAGGUGACGGGUUUGGCCCGAUGGAGAACGUGACUGAGGAGGUGCAGAGCCUGAGGAACAGAGUGGAGCUCCUGGAAAAGAAGCUACAGUUGGUCUUGGCCCCCUUCAGCAGCUUCUUCCCGCCGUCAUCAGACGAGGGUUUCUUAGAGAAAACCACCUUGCUGUCCCACUCUUUCCAGCAGCUGGACCGCAUCGACUCCCUGAGUGAGCAGAUCGGUUUUCUGGAGGAGCGCCUCGGCACAUGUUCCUGCCAUGAGAAUUAGCCACAAACGUGACCUCCCACAAUCAAGACAUCGCCUCUGCAGCCAACCACAGGAACCUGACAGAUUGUUCGCAACAGGUCGAAAACGGACGUUAAGAAAGCAUCAAUAGCAUCGUUUGUUAUAAAUCUGUACCGCUGUCAUCGCACAAGUCUUCUGCUGUGGUUUUUACAGGUCCCAGGUUUCUCCUUCCUUUUCAUGUUGAAUCACUGUCAAAACUUUAGAAUUUGUAACCAUACCUGCAGCAGGGUGAGCGCCACUCUUACAUCAUCCCUCAAACAUCUGAAAGAACCCCCACGGGGUCAAAGGUCAUGCCAGCCUCUUUUGUUACUGUUUGACAUUGGUGCAGCUGUGUCCUGUGUCCCUACACUGUCCAGCAGGGGGCAGCCAUGGACAUCUGUAUUUAUCUAUUUAAAUUAUGAUUGAUUACUUAUUUCUCAGCAUUCCAAACUUUUCUAUCACGUUUUCUUGUUAGUUUCAUAAUAAAACAUGUUUUCAAAAUCA